UCCAUCCGAAAGCAAUACUGAAAGUAGGGUUUGCAAAUUGCAGAGCAGCAGCCACUUCGCAGUUCGCCGUCUGAUCUCGCCUCCUCAACCCGAAAAUGGCAACCCAGAUGAGCAAAAAGCGAAAGUUCGUAGCUGACGGAGUUUUCUUCGCCGAGCUGAAUGAGGUGCUAACCCGUGAGCUGGCAGAGGACGGUUACUCCGGAGUCGAAGUUAGGGUUACUCCUAUGCGUACCGAGAUCAUCAUCAGAGCCACCCGGACCCAGAACGUUCUCGGUGAGAAGGGGAGGAGGAUCAGAGAGCUGACCUCAUUGGUACAGAAGCGGUUCAAGUUCCCGGAGAACAGCGUGGAGCUUUACGCCGAGAAAGUUAAUAACAGAGGGCUUUGCGCUAUUGCCCAGGCUGAGUCUCUCCGCUACAAACUCCUCGGUGGUCUUGCUGUUCGGAGGGCCUGCUAUGGUGUACUGAGAUUUGUCAUGGAAAAUGGAGCAAAGGGAUGCGAGGUGAUAGUUAGUGGAAAGCUUAGGGCGCAACGUGCAAAGUCCAUGAAGUUCAAGGACGGCUACAUGAUUUCUUCUGGUCAGCCAGUCAAUGAAUAUAUAGACUCGGCUGUGAGACAUGUUCUUCUGAGACAGGGGGUACUUGGUAUCAAGGUCAAGAUAAUGCUGGAUUGGGAUCCCAAGGGUAAGGUGGGACCCACAACUCCCCUACCUGAUCUGGUUACAAUCCACACUCCCAAAGAGGAAGAGGAACAUUUCCGGGCACCAGUGGUGGCAGCUGAUAUUGAGGUCCUCCCAGUGGUGGCAUAGUACCUCGAUUUUUUUAUACUACUGUCCUGAAGUAGUAAUCAUCGUGAUAUACUUUUUUUCUCAAACAUCUGAGUUUAUGUAGUUUUUGUUUUUAUUAUUCAAUUUUGGGUAUUAAGAACUUGAGUCAUUAUUCUGUUUAAUCAUUCAAACUUUUUCAAUGAACUGAUGGAUGUCCAUUUCAUAUAUGAGUGGUUCCUUUACCA